AGAAUGGGUUUUGCAUCUCUUUUCACUACUAGGAAUUGAAGUGCUUGACAUUGGUCCUUGUAAUUCACUUUGAGUGUACACUUGCCUUCAACUUAUUUGUUCUCCCAUGUAGAUGGACAGCCUUACUUUUUUUUCUUUUCUCUCGUUUCUUGCCUCUGCAUAUUUUAUUAUACAAGCCAGCUGGGAUUACAUUAGCUUGUGCAUCUGUGUCAAGCUUAAAGUUCACUACUGCAUUACAAACGUUUAAAUUCACCUUCCAUUCAUCAUCGUUGGCAUUUGGUGGUGUUGCAGUGCUAUGAAAAGUUAUUUUUCUGAACCUGUUUAAGAUUCCCAUCCUGCUUCUAUAUAAAAAGGCAUGUUUUUGAAAUCUGUGUUCUGUAUGCCUGUUUCUUUUAUGUAUUUUACUUAUUACUUAUCCUACAAUAAUAUAUUCGGUUGUGUUGCAUAGAUUAAUGACCAUGAUCUAUUCCAGAAAGACUUUCCAGGCAGAAACAGUACAAAUGUAUCCCUGAUAUUAUGGUUCCUGCUCAAUUAAAGUGGCAAAAAACACAUUCAUAAAGUAAUAUCAUUACUGUGGUUUAUUUAUGCUUUUUUUUAUGUAUGUACACGAAAGUGAAAACUCAUGUUUAACUUAAACUCUUCGAAAUGUUUUAGAAAAGGGGGCAUUGUACAAAAACAAGAGAUUUGUGACUCAUACCAAAAUGAAAUCUGAUCAGAAUGAAAGCUCGGCCAAUCAACAUGUAGGGAUUAUUGUGACGGAUGUGCAAUGGAUGUAUUGUUUAUUUUUUUGAAUGUAAAAAGAUUGAGUUUUAUUGUGUGAUUUUUACUGUUGCACUGUCCCUUUAAACCCCAGGGAGACUACUGGUCUCCAUAGUAAUUGCAGUGCUAAUUCGUAAUGGGGCCAGCUGUAUAAAAACAGGUGGUGUUAAUCAGCCAGAGAGAGACCGGGUUUGAGAGAUUUGAGCUGAGAGCACAGGUCGGGGAACUACUGUUUGGGGGUGCAGGGCUGCAUUGCAGUGUUCAGGAAGUCUGUUUCACUCUGAGACACCGCUCACAGGUGCAGCGCGCACUGAACUCAACCUGCCUGCCGCCGCGUGCGGGCACUGGGGUCGGGUCAUCACUGGAAAUUCAAAGUUAACGGCUACUGACGGCGUCGACGGGAAGAAGACACACAGCGAGAUAUAUAUAUAUCUCCUAGCUUAAUAUAAUAACUUUUUUAGUUUAACAGCAUAUGACUGCCCGGAUUGGAAACUAAGUGCUGACUGUAGUGAGCUGCUCCAGACAGUAUGAAGAGCUGCCCCAGACUACACUCACCCUGGAGCCUCCAUUCCCAGAGAUAUUCACUGGGGAGACAGUCACUCUGAGGUGUGGGGUUGAGGGGGGUUCUGCUGGCUGGAAAUAUCUCUGGUACAAAGACAGUGAGGUCACUCCAGUGCUCCAGACUGCUGGCCGCAGUAUAACUGGUGACAGCUACACCAUCACUGCAGCCGCUGUAUCUGACCAGGGCCAGUACUGCUGUCGAGGACAAAGAAAAAGUCGACCAAUUUCCUCUCAGCUCAGUAAGCCUGUGACAGUAACUGUGUCUGAGGGCUGUCCCCAGGCUGUCCUGACCCUGCAGCCUGCCUGGGCACCGAUGUUCCGAGGUGAGACAGUCACCCUGAGCUGUGAAGUGGAGGGGGGCUCUGCUGGCUGGAGGUUUAAACAGUACAGAGAUGGACGUGAAGAGGCAGGGUGCAGUGAUCAAUACAGCAGGAGAUAUGGGGACAGCUGCACAAUCAGUAACACCUGGUAUUACAACAGUGGAGUGUACUGGUGUGAGUCUGCAUCAGGACAGAAACGCAGUAAUGCUGUCAACCUAACUGUGUCAUAUGAAUGGGUGAUCCUGCAGACUCCCCCCCAGCCUAUGUUUGAGGGAGACUCUCUGAAUCUGAGGUGUCGUAUCUACGAUGGACAUAAACCUACCAGGGUUGUCUUUUAUAAAGAUAAUAAAGAGUUACAGUCCCAGACAGGCACAAAGUUGGGUUUUGAUCGUGCUUCAAAGAGUGACGAGGGGUCCUACAAGUGCAGAGCGUGGUGGAGCUCCCAGUAUGUUGGUGACUCUGCAGAGGUGCGGGUGUCAGUGAGAGCACUUCCAAAGCCUGCCCUGAACCUGACACCUGCAAGAGAGAUACUGGAGGGAGACACGGUCACCCUGAGCUGCUCUGUUCAGCCAUAUUCUACUAGCUGGAGAUAUCUCUGGUACAAAGACAGGCAGGGAGCUCCAGUGUACCAGACUGACAGCAGCAGUGGAACUGGAGCCAGAUACACAAUCAGUGCUGCUGCUCUGAAUCACAGUGGAGAGUACUGGUGUCGAGCUGGACGGGGCAGGAACACGUUUUACUCUGAACACAGCGAUCCUAUCUGGGUAAAUGUAACUGCUCUGUUCUCCAGGGUGACUCUGACAGCCUCUCCAGGAGCCACAGUGAAGGAGGGAGAGGCUCUUAACCUGACCUGUGAGGCAGCAGUGAACAAAACCCCCCGCCCUGAACUCCACUACACCAUUGUGAGAGACGGGGAGCCUGUGACUAACAGCACUGACUCUGCACUGUACAGCAUAGCCAGCACUGAGAAGAGCCACACUGGGAACUACACGUGUGCUGUGGAGUCACAGGGAGUGAGGAAGAGCAGCCAGGAGCUACACAUUGAACUACAAACGUCCUGGCACAGCGCUGCUGCUGCUGCUGGCUUCAGUGUCAGCUUCUUUGUGAUUCUUCUCAUUGUGUUCACUCUGCUUCUCCUCUAUCACAAGAUCAGAGGUUUCCCGUGUAUCACCGGUGGUAAGAGAAGUAGAACAUAUAGAGAUGGGGAGUGUGGAGCUGAAGUGAUCAAGCCUGGUGUAUCUCACUACUGUCACAGGGAACGCUCGGAUCAGAACCAGGACCAAGCAGCAGGGGGAGUAGAGCUCUCCAGCCGAGCACAGCAACCUGAUUAUGAAGAAAUAUUUUACUGUAGUGUUGACACCAGCAAACAAAAUAAGAAACAGAAAGUCUCUUCAGAAUUUGAAGAAGUGCUUUACUGUAAUAUUGACACAAGCAAACAUAAGAAAAAGAAAGUCAAACCUGCUGAGGCUGAUACUGUGUACUCAGCUGUGAAAAUAACUGCAGGGUGCAUUUCACAGGCAAACCCACAGCAGAUAAUGCAGAGGCCAUGUAUGCCACAGUCCUCCCAAAGAAGAAAAGGUAAAUGAAGGGGGUCCCCAGGAGUGAGAGCCAGUCUGAAUCCAGAGACACUGAGAAGGGGAGCGUGUCGAACUGAAGGAGACAGACUGACAGAGCGAAUGAAUCCUAGUCAACAAUCUCCCUUCUGACCUGUGAAGGCGCUGUAUAACUGGAGCAGAGUGCCCCGUGAUGGAUAGUUUGGCAGUUCAUUCCAGGGUCAGUCAGAAGCCGGCCAUCCAGGAAGGGGGCGGGGCCACGAUACCAGAAGUCAUUGCCUUAAUGCGGAUGGCGUUGUGUCAGUUUCGGAUUGGAGGAUACGUGAUUGGCUGUGCCAUCGGAAGAGGGCGUGACUAAGGGUAUUUAGGGGAAGUGGCCCAGUGAACUGUUCCUUAGGUUGUUUACUGAAAGUACCCGUGGGAAAAUGGAUGUAAUUAAUAUCAUGUUAUCGUGUUUUGUUUGUUUGUCAGUCUAACUGUUUCUGUUUGUUCUUGAUAGACGGCUAACACAAUCGCUUAAGCCAGCACCCAACCAUGACUUCACUGCACUCGUGUUCACUAAUAAAUUGUAUUUCACCACUUGCACUUCAGCACUCA